GGAACACAGAGGGCCAAAGCCUGAGAUUUUACUAAACCCCAAAUGCGAAUUUGCCGUCGACGGAGCUCCGGCAGAAGCUGAAAGGAGAAGAAGAAGACGAUUAGCAAAAGAUGAGCACUGUAGAUAAGAUGCUCAUAAAGGGCAUCCGGAGUUUUGACCCGGAGAACAAAAACGUUAUCACCUUUUUCCGACCAUUAACUCUCAUCGUCGGACCUAACGGCGCCGGAAAAACUACUAUAAUUGAGUGCUUGAAGGUCGCCUGCACUGGUGAGAUGCCGCCAAAUUGUCGCUCUGGUCAUUGCUUCAUCCACGACCCUAAGGUGGCUGGAGAGACGGAGACAAAGGGGCAGAUAAAGCUACGGUUCAAAACAGCAGCAGGGAAAGAUGUGGUGUGCAUUAGGUCUUUUCAGCUAACUCAGAAGGCAACAAAGAUGGAAUACAAGGCCAUUGAGAGCGUUCUGCAGACUAUAAAUCCUCACACUGGAGAGAAAGUUUGCUUAAGUUAUAGAUGUGCCGAUAUGGACCGAGAAAUCCCUGCUCUCAUGGGUGUGUCAAAGGCCAUUCUUGAAAAUGUGAUAUUUGUUCACCAAGAUGAGGCAAACUGGCCAUUACAAGAACCGGGUACCCUGAAAAAGAAGUUUGAUGAUAUCUUCUCCGCUACUAGAUACACAAAGGCAUUGGAGGUUAUCAAAAAGCUUCACAAGGAUCAAUCUCAAGAAAUAAAGACAUAUAAGUUGAAAUUGGAGAAUCUUCAGACAUUGAAAGAUGCUGCUUACAAGUUGAGGGAAAGCAUUGCUCAAGACAAAGAGAAAACAGAGGCACUGAAAAGUCAGAUGGAGGAGCUUGAAAAAGAGAUUCAGACUAUAGAUAGUAAGAUCCACCAUGCUGAAGCAACUUUAAAGGACCUUCACCAAUUGCAGCGAGACAUAGCCACCAAAAAUGCUGAAAGGAGCACAUUGUUCAAGGAAAAGGAAAAGCAGUAUGCAGCACUCGCAGAGGAGAAUGAAGACACUGAUGAAGAACUGAGGGAGUGGAAAACAAAGUUUGAUGAAAGGAUAGCACUUCUGGAAUCAAAGAUUAGCAAGUUGGAGAGGGAAAUGAAUGACUCAGAGGCAAAGAGUUCCUUCCUUAAGCAGUCCGUAACAAACUAUAUCAUGGAGAUCAGCAAACUUCAAGCUGAUGCCGAAGCUCAUGUAGAGUUAAAAAAUGAAAGAGACUUCACUCUCAGGAAGCUUUUUGACAGACACAACUUAGGGGCUGUUCCAACUGGGUCACUCAGUGAUGAUGUUGCUUCAAAUUUAACAAAUCGUAUAAAACUACGAUUAACACAUUUUGAUAAGGAUUUACAAGAUAAAAAGAAAUCGAAUGAGGCAGAAAUUGCAGCUGCAUGGCAUCAAUACGACAUUGCAAACCGCGAAUGGAGCGAAAAGGAGGCGCAAAAACAGGCUAAAGCAGAUAUUAAGAACGGCAUUUUAAAGCGCAUUAAAGAGAAAGAGGAUGAACGUGAUGUGCUUGAAUGUCAGAUUUCUGAUGUUAAUGUGGCUCAUCUUGAUGAGAGGGAAAAGAAAAUGCAAAUUGAAUCUGAGAGGAAGUCUAAGCAGCUUGCAGAAAGAGAAUUUGAUUUAAACAUAAGGCAAAAACAGACUGAGAUGUACACCGUAGACCAAAAACUAAAAGAUCUUCGUGAUGAAAAAGAUCACAUGGCAGCUGAGUCUGAGGACAGAAUUAAGCUCUCUCUUAAGAAGGCAGAGUUGGGAAUUCUCGAGAAGAAUCAUAAAAAGAUAAUGGAUGAUAAUAAGGAUAAGAUAAAAGGAGUGUUGAAAGGAAGGCUUCCAUCUGACAAGGACUUGAAGAAUGAAAUUACUCAGGCACAAAGGGCUCUUCAGAGAGAGGUUGAUGACUUGAGUGUCAAAUCCCGCGAAGCUGAGAAAGUGGUCAAUAUGUUGCAGAUGAAAAUAGAAGAAGUUAAUCAUAACUUGACCAAAUAUCACAAAGACAUGGACUCAAGAAAGAAAUUUCUGGAAUCGAAGCUCCAGUUGAUGGACCAGGAAUUUGCUGGUAUAGAGUCCUAUCCCAAAAUUAUGGACUCAGUCAAAGAGAAAAAGGAUGUCCAGAAAAGCAAGUUCAACAUCGCCGAUGGUAUGCGGCAAAUGUUCGAUCCGUUUGAAAGAGUUGCUCGUGCUCAUCAUAUUUGCCCUUGUUGUGAGCGUCCUUUCUCUGCUGAAGAGGAGGAUGAAUUUGUUAAGAAGCAACGUGUAAAAGCUGCAAGCUCUGCUGAGCAUAUUAAAGUAUUGGCUAUGGAGUCUUCAAAUGCUGAUUCUCGUUUUCAACAAAUAGACAAACUUCGUUUGGUUUAUGAAGAGUAUGUCAAAGUUGGAAAGGAGUCAAUACCUCAAGCAGAGAAGAAUUUAAAUGAGCUGAAUGAAGAAUUGGACCAAAAAAAUCAGGCUCUUGAUGAUGUGUUAGGUGUCUUGGCUCAGAUAAAGGCUGAGAAGGAUGCAGUUGAUGCGCUAAUACAACCUGUAGAAACAUCUGACAGGCUUUUCCAAGAAAUUCAAGCUCGGCAGAAGCAGGUUGAUGAUUUGGAAUAUGGUCUUGAUAUCCGUGGGCAAGGCGUAAGAUCCAUGGAGGAAAUUCAAUCAGAAUUGGAUGAACUGCAGAGCAAAAAAGACACUUUGUAUUCGGAGGUGGAGAAGCUGAGAAAUGACCAGAGAUACAUGGAAAAUGAAUAUGCAAGUUUCCAACUAAGAUGGGCUAAUGUAAGGGAAGAGAAGUCACGAGUAGCAAACAGAUUGGAGCAAAUUAAAAGGAUAGAAGAGGAAUUGGACCGCUUCGCGGAGGAGAAAAAUCAAAUUGAGCUUGAAGAGAAGCAUCUUGCAGAGGCUUUUGGUUCCUUGUUGAAGGAAAAGGACAAACACUUUAGAGACCACAAUGAUCUGAAAAUAAAACUUGGUGAACAGUUGGAAGAGCAGGCUGAAAUUAGAAGAAAUUAUCAACAGGAAGUAGAUACACUUUUGAAGAUUACCUCCAAAAUUAAAGAGUAUUAUGAUUUGAAGAAAGAACAAAGAUUGAAUGAACUGCAGGACAAGCGAAGCCUGUCAGAAUCUCAACUUCAAAGUUGCGAGUCCAGAAAGGAUGCGAUUUUGGCUGAAGUGAAGAAAAGUAAGGAUUUAAUGGGGAACCAGGAUAGCUUGAGACGUAACAUUGAGGAUAACUUGAACUAUCGGAAAACUAAGGCUGAAGUUGAUGAGCUCACUCAUGAGAUUGAAUUACUGGAAGAUAAAGUGCUGACGUUGGGUGGGUUCUCCACUGUUGAAGCCGAGCUUAAAAAGCUUUCACACGAAAGAGAGAGGCUACUUUCUGAGUUAAACAAGUGUCAUGGCACCUUAUCUGUUUAUCAAAGCAAUAUCUCCAAGAACAAAGUUGAUCUUAAGCAGGCACAAUACAAGGAUAUUGACAAACGCUAUUUUGAUCAGCUUAUCCAGCUUAAGACUACGGAGAUGGCAAACAAGGAUCUGGACAGAUAUUACAAUGCUCUUGACAAAGCACUGAUGCGAUUCCACUCAAUGAAAAUGGAAGAAAUAAAUAAGAUUAUCAGGGAACUGUGGCAACAAACAUACAGGGGCCAGGACAUAGACUACAUAAGCAUUCAUUCAGAUUCUGAAGGAUCUGGCACUCGAUCAUACAGCUAUAAGGUUGUAAUGCUAACUGGUGAUACUGAACUAGAAAUGCGAGGGAGGUGUAGUGCUGGCCAAAAGGUCCUUGCAUCACUCAUCAUACGAUUGGCGUUGGCUGAAACUUUUUGUCUCAACUGCGGAAUUCUAGCACUGGAUGAACCUACCACAAACCUAGACGGCCCCAACAGUGAGAGUCUUGCUGGAGCUCUGUUAAGAAUUAUGGAAGACAGAAAAGGCCAAGAAAACUUUCAACUAAUUGUCAUUACACACGAUGAGCGAUUUGCUCAAUAUAUUGGCCAACGCCAGCAUGCAGAAAAGUAUUAUCGCAUCACAAAAGACGACCAUCAGCACAGCAUAAUUGAAGCUCAGGAAAUAUUUGACUGAUAUCGCAUGGUUUCGGCCUCCGAAGUAUUACAUGUUAGACGCUUCACAGCUUGACUUAUGUACGUAUUGAAAAACUAGUAAUUCACCAUAUGAUGGAAACUGGAUAGGAGAAUCUCGUUCUUCUAUCUUUCUUGUGUAAUGUAUUCUGUAAAUUAGUGUUUAUCUAAUCUUAAAUUAUCUAUGCUG